AUGAACCUUCCAGCACCCAGGUAACUAAAAUUAAAAAUACGUGAUUUUGCUUUCGGUAAGCGUCCUAAAAAUUUGAUAUCGUCUAUAAUUCAUUCCGCAUUUGCACUCAGGUAACAGACGAAUUAGGCUCCAUAUCAUCCAAAGUAAUUGAUGUAUGUGAAGAAAGCGGAGAGUCUUCAAUUACCGACCAUGAGGUAGUCGAACCAGAAAACCGUGGAGAUUGUAUCCAUGUCUCUCAAAUUGUUGCUAGUGCCAGUGAUUUCGAAGACUCGAAUCAACAAAGAACGUCUUGAACAGGGAAUCAGAAAACCAUACGAUUGAGGAUAUAAUUGUUUCAAGUGGCAGAAAUAAAAAGUCUGUAGAGCCUAAAACAUCCUGCCAAUUCCAUAGCAAGCCAAAAGAUACGCUUCUAGGACCAAGGCAGCCUAAGCUCUUGAAGUUCCCGGUACGUGAUCCCAAGUCAAGAAAAACUAAGAGCUUCAACGUAUCAUGGUACCGACAUUUCCCUUGGCUCGAGUACGAUGUUGAAAAAGACGCCGCUUUUUGUUAUUGUUGUAGUAAAUUUUCGGCAAACACGAGUGGCUCGUCUGCUGCUUUGUCGUUCACUCAGACAGGAUAUACUAACUGGGCAAAUGCCCUUGACAGCAGUAAAGGGUUCCAACAGCAUGAAAGAUCUGAGCUUCAUAGAAACAGUCAUGCCAGGUGGACGGAGUUCAAAAAGAUUCAAGAAGGAAAAGAAAAGGACAUAAUUCAGCGGAUAUGUCCUGAAAGGGAAGAAGUACCCCGCGACAACAGAGAGUAUCUCAGUUACCUAUUCAAAUAUAUCCUCUGGUUUGCAACUAACGAAAUUCCAAUGAGGGCUGAUGAUGAGACAGAUGAAUCCAAAAACCCGGGUAAAUGGAUUACCUACAUCAGACUCCAGCUGGAAACCAAUCCCUCGUUCAAACAGCUCCAUGAAAAGUUCACCAGGACAAGAAGCAUGGACUAUACCAGUAAAACCAGUGUGAACGACAUCAUCGAAGUAAUUGCUGAAAAUAUUCGUCUGGUCAUUUUUUCUCAGAUCAAAGAUGCCGGCAUGUUUUCAGCACUCAUUAAUGAAAGUAAAGACGCAGCGAAACGAGAAGAGUUGGCUUUGGCUGUAAGAUAUUCAGCAGGAAAUGUUGUGGAGAGAUUUGUGUACCUUCGGAAGCUAGAUCAGUUUGAUGCCCACACAAUCAAAGAAUGUGUAAAUGAACUGAUUAAUAACAUCAUCCAAACCUCAGAGGGUUCAGUGGUAGUAUGUCUAAGAGCCGAUGGUGCAAGUGUUAUGUCUGGUGAAAUUGCUGGGGUUGCAGAGCUGUUGCGUUCAGAGUACUUUCACUGGUUAAUCUACAUACACUGCACUGCUCACCGUGUUAAUCUUUUAGUAAAUGAUCUAAUCAAAGAAUCCAAUGUUGCGCUUGACAUCAUGUCUACAAUCAACUCCCUCUAUUCAUUUCUCAAUCAUCCAAAAGUCCGAGAAGUCUAUCAUAGUGUAUACAGCGAACUUUACCCUCAGUCACAAAUUAAACACCUUGCCCAGCAGAUCGACAUACGUUGGGGCUGCAAGUUUGAGGCAGUUGAGCUGAUAACAGACAAACCUCAUGUUAUUUUGGAAACUCUGAUCAGAAUUACUCAAAACCCGAGAAUGCAUGACCCAAAACAUGUCGAGCAAGCGAGUGGGUUUUACCAUAAGUUGACAACCGCCAAGCAUAUUAUUGCGUUGGUCACACUUCAUGCGUACCUUGCUGAUAUGUUCUUCCUGUCCAAAGAGCUACAGAGUCAGAGCAUCAACUGGACAGAUGUUCAGUAUGAGAUUGAAAGGACCCGCAAAUCGAUAUCCGAAAUAGAUGAUGACCAGAUACGAGUGAUGGUAAACGAGUAUUGCGAUAAGACUGGCAUACCCCUUGAACUCACGCUCACCAUGCCAAUACACCAAACAAGAUCAACGUCAUCAACCAGUGCUGCAAAUUCAAUAAAUGACACCAUCUCCGAUCUCAACUCUUACAUGCAAAGCAAGAUCGAAGAAGAGUUCCGAAUCCGGUUCGACAGCAAGAACAUCGAAAUAAUGAAAGCGUUCGAAGCUUUGGAUGCAUCCAAACCGUGCUACUUGGAUAUCGAGACUCUGGGUUAUCUUGUCGAGCAUUUUGACUGCUCGAACAUUAACAGAUCCAUACUCAAAUUGGAAUUGUUGAGGGCCAGAGAAGAUUUACGACUGGGGCUGCCGAUUAGUGAAAAGAGAUGCACUAACCUAAUGAAGCUGAUCAACUUGAAGACUACUAUUGCAACGAGCACGGCAACUGUGGAGCGUUGUUUUUCUGCAAUGAACAGAGUCUGUUCCAAGUUGCGAUCAAGACUGACACCAAGCAGACUUGGGGACCUUCUUUGCAUAACUCUAAACAAAGAUCUGGUACCGCAACUCGACAUUGGUGUACUCAUUAAUUCGUGGGCUUCAAAAGGAGACAGAAGGGUGAAUGUGUAA